AUGUUAUGGGCUGCAGGACACAUCAAGGAGAAUGAUUACCAAGGUGAUUCUUUUAAAAGAAGAGCAAGAUGCUGGUGUGUUUCUCAAAGGAGGUACAUCAACUGUACUGAAUCAGUUGGCCCUGGCAUCCAUCAGUCAUCCCACCAAGAGCAAUAUGGAGACAUAGCAAUGCGUGAUGGCCACAUGGGUGCUGGAGUAAAAUAUACCCUCUAUGCCAUUCCAACAUACUAUCAGAGUGACAUCCUUCAUAAAGGAGAACAAAUCCAUGGUAACAUCGAGAGAGAGCAAAGCUCCAGAGGGAGAAUCAGAGAACAGACAGGAUGGGACAAUCAGGAAGUGGUUAAAAUUACAAUUCCACGAGGAGUGAAAUAUGAUGAAUUGGUGCCGGAUUUGAUCCAGAGCAAAUGCAAUUUUUCCUUAAGCCUCUAUGCACCAGGAGCUGGAGUUAAAAAGGUGAAACUGGUAAAGGUGAUCAAGAAAGCAAGUGAUAGCUGCCAGGAAACUCUUGACCUCCUGAGACUCCACUCAGACCCAGGUGUGAUGACCCAAGGGAAGUUGGACAAGGUGAAAGGUCUGGAGCUAGAAGAGAGGUGUGCAGACCCCUCCCCAGAUAAGCCCAACAAUGUAAGCACCCUUCUGGAAUUGUUCCCCAAGGUAUUAUGCCUGGAUGGCCAGGAGCUACCACGACCUGGUAUCUGUGAUGCUGAAAACAACAAGAAAUUUCCAACCUGUAAGGAGAGCAUCUUAGGAUCUGAGACACUGCAGAAGCUACUCAUGAAAUUUCUGACACAGUGUUACUGGAUCUACAACUAUGGGGAUCAGCAGGGUCUCCUGGGUGCUUACCACAAUGAGGCCUGCUUCUCACUCACCAUUCUCUUUAACCCUGAGGACCCUCAUUCAAGCAGUUUGGUCAAGAAUGCCACAGAUAGCAGGGAUAUGGAGAAAUGCAAGGGCCCUGACUUGAUGUCUCAUUUGCUGAAACACAAAACAUGA